UGUCAGAGAUGGAGAUGAAGUCUCUCUGCCUGCUGAAUGUUUUAGAAACCAGAUGGAAACUUGUAAUAAAACUACCUGGAUAUUCACUGGUCAAAGUAAUAAAGCAGAACCACUGUAUGAACAUGGGAAUAUUCAUAAAGAUUCCAGAACUAAAUCAGACAGACUGAGUGUUACAUCAGACUGUUCACUGGUUAUAAAGAAGAUCUCAGUGGAGGAUGUUGGUCUUUAUGUCUGCAGACAGUUUAAAUCAUCAGGACAAAAAGUAGCAGAAUCUGAGGCUGAUCUGUCUGUUAUUAACAUGACUGAACAGAAGAUCAGUGAUGAAACCAUCCUGAUCUGCUCUGUAUCAUCAUUUGCUGGAUGUCCUCAGUCAGUGAAGUGGCUGUAUGAUAACAAAGAUGAUGAAAAUAUCAAAACCAUAACUCCUCCUCAGUCUGCCUGUUCAGCCACUGUGAGCUUCACAACUUCUCCUCAUGUUUCCACAUCAAAACGUUCUGAGUUAUUCAGAUGUCAAGUUAAAACUCGAGGAGACAUGAAGGAGUUUAGCUUCAGGAUUUCACCUCUGAGAGAAAAACCAGACUUCAGGACAAUCAUCACUGCAGCUGUUGGUUCAGUUCUGCUGGUUGUGACUGUUGCUGCAACAAUCGCAUGGAGAAAAACUAAAGGAAACAAAACAUGGAUGAAUAAAAACACAGUGAGUUUCGAACAAAAUCACAAAUAA